UCGCUGGUGGUGUUGGCCGUUCAUUUGCUUGUUCGUCGCGUUCAUACUCUGUUCGGAACUAUUGAAUAAUACAAAACAGUGCUGUUGAGACCGUAAAAACAGUUCGAUUUCGGAUUUUGUGCAACCAAAUUAAUAUGAAUAAGUGGUGGAUAUUUACUUUGUUGGUUCUACCAACGGUUCUGCUUGCCGUCAACAGUGGUCCACGACUAAUGGCUUACGCGGAUGCUACCGAAGAUGAAUUAGAAGAGGAACUGGAUGUUGAAGUAGAAUCUGAUGAAGUAUCCGUAACGCACACGGAUGAGCCCGAAACGGAAGACGAGCCUGAAACAACGAAGUCACCAGAUGCCGAUACCUUCCUUUUGUUUACUCGACCACUGUAUGCCGGUGCUGGUUCACAACUUGACCUGCCAGCUGGAUAUCCGGUGGAGUUCCUAGUCGGUUUCACCAACAAGGGAAGCGAUGAUUUCAUUGUCGAAACCGUCGAAGCUUCCUUCCGCUACCCGAUGGACUUCAAUUACUACAUUCAAAACUUCUCCGCUAUCGCAUACAACCGGGAGGUUAAACCAGGCCACGAAGCAACCGUUUCUUACUCGUUCCUACCAUCAGAAUCAUUCGCUGGUCGACCAUUUGGUUUGAACAUUGCAUUGAACUAUCGUGACGCUAGUGGAAACCAGUUUUCGGAAGCUGUUUUCAAUGAAACUAUCACCAUUACGGAGGUGGAUGAAGGUCUUGAUGGAGAAACUUUCUUCCUGUAUGUCUUCCUGGCUGCCGUCAUUGUGCUACUGUUGGUGCUAGGCCAGCAGUUCCUCGGAUCGUACGGCAAACGCAAGCGUUCUCCAGCCGUCAGAAAGACCGUUGAAACCGGAACCAGCAACACCAAAGACGUCGACUACGACUGGAUUCCGGCAGAAACCCUGAAGAAGAUUCAAAAUUCUCCAAAAGGCGGCAAAGUUGCCCCCAAGCAGAGCCCACGACAGCGAAAGACGAAAAGAACCGCCGGUUCUGACGAUUAAACCGCAUUUUUCCUCAGUAGCAAUUAAGAGGAAUGUAGAGACGGAGCGGGAGCAUCAGUUAUCGAUGUUUUCAAAACUCAAUCUGCUCCCUUCCGAGCGAUGCGCAGAGAUUAAAGUCGAAUUUCUGCUUGCGAGUGCGUGCGUGUAGUCGAUUGUGACAUCAUCAAAUCAUUCUGAAGUAACAAAACAGUCGAAAACGGUUAUUUCGAAGUGAUCAUUUUUAGUUAGGACUCAUUUUUUGAGAUCUACAGUCAUUGUAGAUUUCUUAGUUUACGUUUUUUUUGCGCGGUGCAGUAAUUCACGAUCAUAAUGACGCGAGAAAGAUUACCUAUGGCCGACCGUAUCAAAUUUUUUUACGGGCAGCGCUGCAGAGUCGGCCACGAAGACUUCCUUUUUUGCUUAAGUUAUUGUAUCACAAGAUAUGAAAAGAAAAAACAUUGUCCGAGA